GUACGGAGUAGUAUAUGUACAUCUCUAUCUCCAGCGCCUCUGCAUUUCCUCAUAGAAGAGCAAUUCAUUUCAACCAACUAAAAAAAAUGACUCGUAUCGGUUGGUACGGCCUCGGGUCGAUGGGCCUCGCCAUGGCCACCAACCUGCAGAGACACCUGGCGGCCAAAAACGGCCUGAGUCUCGUUUACUCGAAUCGAACCAUGUCGCGUGGCGACUCACUUCAAGCGCUCGGAGCCACCGCUGAAACAAGCUUCGAGAAGCUCGUCGCGCAAUGCGGGAUCAUUUUCACCAUGGUCUCCAACGAUACUGUCCUGUCAAGUCUCAUCUCCUCGGUGACUAGAUCGGGGCAACCUCUCCAAGAUAAGAUCUUCGUUGACUGCUCCACUGUCCACCCGGAAACGGUCGGGUUGACCGUUGCAAAGCUCCAAGAGAAGCAGGCUUCUUUCCUUGCUGCGCCUGUCUUCGGUGGAAAUCCAAUCGCCGUAGACGGGAAACUUGUAUUCGCUAUUGCGGGGCCUAAGAAGGCUUCUGAACAGGUGAAGCCACUGAUUCAGGAUGUUAUGGGGCGAAAGGUGAUUGAUUGCGGAGAGGACGCGACGAAGUCCUCGCUUUUGAAGAUCGCUGGAAAUAUCGUCACGGUUAACCUUAUGGAAGCCGUAGGCGAAGCACAGGUCUUCGCGGAGCGUACCGGUCUCGGAACCGGUCCCAUGGAAGAACUCAUCGGUGAAGCAUUUGGCCCUGUUGCAGGGGGAUAUUCUAAACGUCUCACAACUGGCGCAUAUGCACCAUCCUUGGACUCGCGCCCCGGAUUCGGGGUCUCCCUAGCGAUCAAGGAUGCAAACCACGCCUUUGCCAUUGCGAAGGAAAACAAGGUUGAGUUGCCCGGGUUGAAGGUUGCCGCUGAGAACAUGGUGGCUGCUAGAGAGUAUGCAGGGGAGUGUCUGGAUAGUAGCUCCAUGUACGGUGUUUUGCGUCAGAAGGCAGGGAUGGAGUUCUGGAACGAGAAGAGCCGGAAAGAAUAGAAGUGCUUAGGUAAUUUCCCGCUAUCUUGGCAAAUCCGCGGCUGCCGGACUGCCAAGACCGCGGGAAACCACGGGAUGUCUUGGCAAAACCAAGCGAAUGUUAGGGCUCGCUUGAUAAUCAGAGUGAGAUUUCACUAACUCAUCUAAUGCAUUCUAAAAGCCGGGGUGAUUAGACUGUAUUUAUAUAACAAGAAACCGC